AUGUAUGAGUUGAAAACUUCUAAUGUUGGUACUAGUGUGUUCCAAGUUUUGAAACCACACAUUUCACGCUCAAUUCCUCAAUUUCAUAUAUUUUACAUCAAUUUUGUUGCAUUGAGACAAGGAUUCCUCCAUGGGUGUAGAAGGGUGCUUGGCUUAUAUGGAGCUUUCCUUAAAGGGUAUUGCAAGGGUGAACUACUUAGUGCAACAACAAGGGAUGCUAAUAAUCAAAUGUUUCCGGUAGCAUGGGCAAUUGUAGAGUCUGAAUCCAAAGAGAGACUAGUGCCUGUGAUACCUCAACUUCUCCCUAAGGUUGAGCAUAGAUUAUGCGCUAGACACAUAUUCACGAAUUGGACCAAGAUUAUAAAAGGGGCACCGUUACAUAAGCUAUACUGGAGGGCAGUGAAAGCAUACACUAAAGUUGACUUUGAAGAUGCUAUGCAAGAGCUAAAGCAACAGAGUCCUAAAGCUUAUGAAGAGAUGUGCGCAAGAAAUGUUAAUAAAUUUUGCAGAUUCUUCUAUAAGACAUGGGAAAGCAAUAUAACGUGUACCAACAUGGCAGAAACAUUCAACUCAUGGAUCCUUGAAGCUAGGGAGAAACCAAUUCUAACAAUGCUAGAAGAAAUAAGAAGACAAGUUAUGUCAAGGAUGGUGGACAAGAAAUCACAAGUUGCUAAAGGCAUAGGCAUUGUCACCCCCCAGAAUCCGAUCGCAGUUGAAGGAUUUUAG